AACGCUACGAUCUCUUUUUUAAAAUUUCUCGACAACUUGCCGUGACACAAAAUUGAAAUUUCCAUUACUUGUUAAAUCUAUACUAUAUUUCGUCUAUGCUGAAACUUGGUAUCCUACAUAAGCUCGGUCUUCCUGUAUUCGCAGGAACUUUAGUAUGACUCCCUUGAUUCCGGCCGUUCCUGGUUCUUUUGCGUUAGGUCGAAGAGUUUCAAAUUUAUUAAUAGGAACAAUACUUGCAAAAUAAUCAGUUAUAAUCAUGGAUGAUGAGUGGGAUGUGGACAAUGUUGAAGCGAAAUUUGAUCUUGCGAUGAGAUCAAACAAAUGGGAAGGUGAAGAUGAAGACGAAGAUGUAAAGCGAACACACAUGUUGACUCUUACAACUCAAGCUGGCCUUUAUUAUUUGAAAAUUAUUGUUUACAUUCUCAAGGAUUAUUUUGACUCUAUACCAAUUGAUCAUUAUAUUAUAAAUUACUGGAAAUACAGAUAAAAAUUCAUUAAUAAAUGGACAGCUGGGAGGAUAUUGAAGAAGAAAAGAAGGAUGUAGAAAAACCUGCAGAAGUACCAAAAGCCAAACCAAAACCGAAGAAAGCUCUUACUGAAAGGAUCGAAGAACGUGAGAAAAAAGUAAAAGAGGAAGCUGAAAGAAAAGCUAAGGAAAAAGAAGAAGCAUUAACGCCAGAAGAGAAAAGAGUAGAACUAUUAAGGCGACAGAGGUUACAGGAAGAAGCUGACUUACGAUUGGCAAUGGAAACAUUUGGUGUAACUGAAGAAUCAUCAACAGGACUGGAUGCUAUGAAUCCUAACACAAAAGAAGAAUUUGAACAAUUUGGUACUGCGCUUUCACAGAAAAUCAACCAGUUUAAAAAACAUUCUGAAUUUCCACCAUUUGCAGAAGAACUUAUAAAGUCCAUUGCCCUAAAUUUAUCAUCAAAUGCUUUGAAGAAAGUCAAGACUAUGGUGGAUAAUUUAUUAAUAGAAAAACAAAAAUUAGAAAAAGGAGAAAAACCUAAAAAAGCUAAAGGAAAGGGUAAAGCAAAACUUAAAAUUGAAGGAGAAAAUACCAUGUUAAGCGAGUAUAGUGAUUAUGUAUAUGACGAUUAUGACGAUUUUAUGUAGCGACUUUUCAUAUACAUAAGUAUUCUAGUCGCCUAAAUACAUACUGAAGGAUAUUAACUUGCAGAUUUAUACAGAAAGUUUAUAAUUAUACUUUUUGCAUAUACUAUUAUAUGCAAAAUGUAUACGCAGAAUGAUCUGCAUUCUUAAUAUUAUCUGCAUACGACUUAACAGGAAUCAGGAGAGAGUGUUAGAGUUACAUUACUAUAUCUAUAAUCUGUUGAAACGGAUUUUUUUUUGUAUGAUUACAUUUACUUGCACCAUUGAGUUACUAUAAAAUAUUUUCUAUAUUCCAAUUCAUAUAAGGAAUUUGUCUGCAUAUUUAUAUUAUAUGAUUAACAAAUAUUAAUAUAGUUAAGUUAUAAACAUUUAUAUCGAAAAAUAAUAAUAAUUCUAAUUUUUUAUUAAUCUAGAUAUAUGUAUGUGACCAAGUUUUUUAAAUUUAAUAUUAAACUGCUUUUUUAUUACAUCAUAGUUUAUUGUUAAAUACCGAUAGCCGAAAAUACGUAUGUUGUAUAUCAUGAUUUUCUUUUAUCUAAAAUACAACGAAUAAAUAUUCAAAUUUUUCUUUAAUUGUACUUAUUGAAUUUGAAUUGAUUACUAUAUGUAAUUCAAACGUGAUAUGACAUCAUAUAAUAUUUUAUAAGCAGUUUUUUAAUCUAGUAUAUAUUAUAUUUGUUAUCAUAUAUAUUAUAUAUCCUAUACUAAUUAUGCAGACUAUUCCAUAAUGAUUGGAUAUGAUUAAACAAAUAUGUAGUGCUCAGAUUUUAUUAAUAGAUAAUUGUUCUAUUAUCUAUCCAUGAACAUAACAUUGGACAAACUUUUGUUUUUAUUUAAUAUAUCUUCAGCUGUUUAAAAUGUCUUCAAUAUGCUUACAUAGCUGCAGUGCACAGCUAUUAUGUAACUGCAUUAUGGAAGUUUUAUAUAACAUGUCAUACAUACAUACGCAUAUGCAUACUUCAAUUAAUAAUUAAAAGUUGGUUUUGAAAAAGAGUAUAUUCCUAAAUAAAGGUUGACUGUAAAUAAUUUUUGUUGCUAUUUUGAUUUUCUACGUAGAUAUACAAUUUUUUUUUUAUUUUCUUAGGUAUAACAAACUUAUGAGAUAGCAUAGAUUUUAUAAUAAAUCAAUGAAUAUAUAAGAAAUACAUUUUUUCUACGAUACAAUAUAUAAACUUAAUCCAAAAAAGAUGUUGAAAGAAGAGAAGGAAUGUUAAAAUACUAACAAUUAAAUAAGUCAAACAAGUUUUUAAUUAUUAUACUUCAUAGCCGCUAUUUAUUUUAUUUAUUUUAUGAAAUGUAUGUGAGAAAGAGCACUUCCUUUUUUAAUAAAUAGGUAUUAGUGGGAAGGUUGGACUUAGGGCCUGGAUAGUUUAAUGGCCUAGACCAUUCCUAUGCUGUACUUAAUAAUCUAGGUUGACUGCUCUUAUAGGGACAUAUACAGGUUUGAUCCCAAUCAUUACGUUUUCAAUUCCGUGAGGAGGGACAUGAUGAAAAAGUCCAGACCACCCGAGGAUCCAACUUUUUCCAAGAAUCAUAUAUGUAUUUCUAGUUUCUGUGUCGUAUUCAUAUUAUGAAGUUACAUACAAAAUUGUAAUUAUUUACUUAAGAGUAAUCAUUUAACUAUAACAUUUAUUUAAUUGCAUGAUAAUGCUAAUAACGAAGUGUUUAUUAUUUCUGGUGAUAUCCAUCUAUCGGUAAUAAGUUGAAGUUUCACUUGCUACGCUAUAAACAUUUUCUUGAACUAUAUCCAGUUGAUAAAUACAUUCUCUAUCAGUGAUUGUAUUUACAUCGUACAUUUCGUUACAAAUAUUGAUGUAAAUCAUCAAUUCAAUUUAUAGUUACAUAUUAGAUAAGAUAAAAAUUAGAGAAUAUCUUUAAUUAAUAUAAAACUUUCCAUUAUCAUGAUAUAUUUUUUUUUGAAAUAUAUAAUUAUGAAUCAUAUGACGGAUUGAGAAUCAUAGUGGUAUCACUCUUGUGCUGUUUCUCCUAAAAUGAUGUUUUACAUUUAUUAUUUAAAAAUAACUCCAUACAUAUAUUAAAAUUGUAAAAACACAUCUGUAGAUUCAGAAACUAAUUAAAAAUAUUUGUGUGCGGAAAUUGAAGUAUAAAAAAAGGAUUUUAUACAAAUUAAAAACGAAUUAAUCGAUUAAGAUUGACUUACACCACUAUGUUUCUAAAUAUUUUGGUUAAUAAAAAUAAGUAUAGUGGUAUUUUUAAGAAUCGAAGCUUUUUUAUUAAUUUCUUUUUCACGAAUGUAUCUCUUAUUUGUUGAUAUCGAAAAACAAUAGAAAACAACAUUAAUAUUUAACGUACUACAUUAAAGCAGAACUAUUCAUUUCUACAUACAAUUUUUUAUUUCGCCAUCAAAAAGUAGACCAUAAUCUCGUACUUCUCUGAAACUUUUAAUAGCAUUGACAAAGGGAUGAUGUAUUAAUGGGAUAUAAUUAAAUUAAUGAUAAAAUCUGAAACACUUCGAAUCGCUUCAAAUUUGUUCCAUUGCUUUCAAUGACAAAUUCGAAUCACAUCGAUUCCGAUUUGAAAUUUAAAAAGUAUUGAUAAAUCUGGAAUCUUUUAUUAAUUUCUUCUCAAAUAUUAUAAUACGAGUCCAUUAUCGUUCGAGCAACAAAAUUGAUAAAAAAAUCUCGAGACUUAUUUCGACUUAACUAAAGUUUCGAAAUCUAUAUCAACAAUUUUAAAGUUUCGAAUCAUUUUCAAAGCAUUUAAAGUGUUUUAGAUCCAAUCAUUAAAUAUUCUUUAAUAUAUAUCCCUUUUUUUAAAUAAUUUAUUUCACGUAGUCCAUUGUAGAGCUUCUCCUAAACAACUUUGUUCGAACGGUUAAAUUCAACUAUUGUAUUUGAUUUUCAACUUACUGAACGGAAUGUAUAUAUUUUGUAAUGAAGUCAUUUUAUUUUUAAUAACUAUUAACCAUUACCUUCAUCAUCUUCGACAUUACCUUCCAUUUAAUUAUGGUUUUUCUAAAAGCAUUUAUAUUAAAUAUUAUUCUGAUGUAUUUUUAUAAUGAUAAAUUUGUUAUCGUUAUAUACCAGUUAUCGGGAAUAUAAAUAAAAUUUAAUAGGUUUUCAAAAAAUGUACAUCGCAAAGGUGCAUAUUCACUUGUUAUGUACCCUCGUCAUUACGUACUAUCAUUGCAUUUCAUAUGAAAACAAAGGAUACGACCUUUCGCGUGAAGUAAAGUUUCACUCAAUCGAAUGAUUCUAAAAGACUCCUUUGAAAUGACGAUGAAAAACCGACAAAUGACCUAUCGGUUUCAUUGAUGUAUCUUCAUAUCACAUUUUGAUACUCAACGUUUGUCCAUUCACAUUGAUACGGUUGAGAAAAAUGAUACAUGAGGAUACGCAACAAGUGGAUAUGCACCUUAAAAAUAUAAUAUUAGGGGGAUCGGAAAGUAAUGUUGUUUCUGCGCAUGUCGAUAUUUGAUUGUCAUUUGUCAGCUCAUUGUGUACUUCGAUUUAUUCGAUUUAUCGAAUUUAAGAAAUUACUUUCCGAUCCCCCUAUAUAAUCUGUCAUAAAACAUUUGGAUUCCUGGUAUUGGUUGGUCAUCAGGAGUAUGCUUAAGGCAGGCGUACAGAUACCGAUAAAAUAGUGUCGGUAUUGGCGGCGAUAUGGUAUUACAAUACAUGAUGCAUCGGAUGUACAUAUGAUCUGCCGACAUUAUCGGGAUAAUCACGUAAUGUCAAUGUGAUAUUGAAAUAAUGCCGACGAUCUCGAAAAUAUAUUAAUAUCGAUGAGUAGUGCAAGUGCGUCCCAACCAACCAUAUAUGAAUCAUAUACUAAAAAUAUACAUUAAUCUACGUGUAUAUAUGUAAUAAUGUUACGCAUGUGUACAAUUAAUAAAAAAUUAUAACCAUU